AUGCUUUCAGCUCCGCUGACUCCUCCUUAUGGAGAUUCAGCAGAUAAUAUCGAGAAUGAUUCAUCCAAUGGCCGCAUGACGGGCGGAUCGAACUCUUCAUAUAUACAUCAACCAUUUGCGCUUGCAACUCCAACGAGUAAUUCGAGUAUGAUGUUCAACGACUCUAGCGAAGAAUAUACGCCGGGGGGUCGCUCCUUCUCUGAUGAUAUGAUGGAAGAAUCCGAUCAGGAUAUGUCUGAUGGAGGAGCGCCUUUGACAACAAUACCAUCGCAUGCAGAAGAAUCCGCCAUUGAUAUGGAUACAGGAGAUUCUGAAAAUAUAUACUACAAUGAUCCGGUAGGACUACAUAAUGACUCUCAAUCGGCCAACCCGUUCUAUACCCAAGAUUUCUUGAAUGAAUUUGAUGUGCCAUCAGAAGGAGGAGGUAGCUUGUACCCAUACGGGGCCUUUAUUCCUUUACCUUUACCUGGAGCCAUUGAUACCACCGAUUUGCCAGCUGUAAUGUCAGAGGUUUCACAACAACUACAACAUAUUCAGGAUGGGCAAGAGCAUGGAGAUUCUGAAUCGACCCCAGAUGAACAUCAUGAUAUGUUCAUAAAUCACAAUCAGAGUACACCCCCUGCUUCAUAUGUUCAACAUUCCCAUGUGCAAGAUUUCCCUAUUCAAGAAGAUAAACGUUUGGUAACGUGGCAUGACCUCCUAACUGGAGAAGCGUUUUCCUCAUUAGCUGCGUCACUAGAAGAACACAAGGAAUCUAUUAAUCAGGGCAUUGAUCAUGUCGCUCCCCUUGAAGUUGAUCAAGGUGCCGACCAUGUCGCUUCCCAUGAAACUGAUCAGGAUGUUGACCAUGUCACUUCCUAUGAAACUGAUCUUGACAUCAAUCACGAUGCUCACAAUCUUGAUGAGACUGAUGCUAACCAAGCUCAAGUUGACAGACAAUUUAAUAUGAACUUCGGCAACUUUCUUGGCGACUGGGCGACAUCUUUUGCUCGCAGAGGCACAAAUAAUUCGAAGCCUUCACAGGCCGCUAUCACUGCUCAUAUACUUGCCGAAAAUCUUGAGCCCAUGCGGAGAUGUGACCUUCAAGGGGAGGAAUGUGAUAUUCAGAGAAUUGAUUGGGAUGACUUGGGGGUGACACGAUUGGAGGCUAGACAAAGACGCCGGGCCACUUACAAAAACUAUACCAAUCUUGUAUACCCCAAUCGUCCACAGCUCAAUCCCCAGCAACUACAUGGUACAAGACUUAGAAAUGUUGAUAAUUACUUCAAAUUUCGGCAAAUGGAUUUUCAACAUGACGUCCACAUUCGACACUUUCAAUUGCGCAACUUAAUUACAUGCCCUUCACAAAAUUGUGUGAUCUACGCUGCAAAAACAAAGGUGUCGUAUUAUGACCCUACCAUUGAAUCGACUCCUCGCGUGUUGAUGGAUCUUGGCAAUCCAAGGACGCAGUCAUUUCAUUCUUCCUUGAACGGGUGUCAAGUCUCCACUCUGACCAGUGGCCACGAGGUCGUUGUUGCAGGUGGAUUUGAGGGGCAAUACGCAUUGAUUAGCACUAGGGCUCAAAAGGAUGCAAAACAUACUGAAGGCGUAAUUACGGAGCACCCAAAUGAUAUCACAAAUCAUGCCCAAGUUCAUUUAUCACGGUCUUCCUCGCCUCUAGUUACCUUUGCCUCGAACGACUCUGGCAUUAGAACUCUCGACGUCACAACCAAUAGGUUUAUUUCAGAGCACAUGUAUGAUCAUGCUAUGAACUGCACAGCUGUAUCACCCGAUCGACGUCUACGUCUACUGGUCGGUGACACUCGAAAGGUUAUGAUUUGCAAUUCCGAAACAGGGCAAACUUUACAAGAGCUUGAGGGCCAUCUUGACUUUGGCUUCGCAUGUGAUUGGUCUGAGGAUGGGUGGACGGUAGCGACUGGAAAUCAAGACAUGCAAGUUAAGAUUUGGGAUGCUCGGUAUUGGAAUCGACCUGUAGCGAGUAUUGCUGCAGAUAUGGCAGGCGUCAGGAAACUCAAGUUCUCUCCUGUGGGUUCUGGUAGGCCAAUACUAGUCGCAGCGGAACCAGGAGACUAUGUCAAUAUCAUAAACGCCGAAACAUUUGAUAGCAAACAGACUCUCAGCUUCUUUGGAGAGAUUGGAGGUUUCGACUUUACUAAUGAUGGUCAAGAGCUGGUUGUUGCAAAUUGUGACACCUCGAGGGGCGGGAUAAUCGAAUAUGAACGUUGCGAUUUUGCUACCGAAGGUCUGUGUGGGAAGGAUGAGCAACUGAGAAGUAUGAUGGAAGAUGAUCAAAGUAGUUAUACGAUGGCUGGGAGGAAACGAGAUUAUGGCACUAGCCAUCUGGCUGAAGAACUUCUAGAGGAGUCACCAGCCCUUCGAGGUACUACGAAGCGCCGAGAAAGAAGAGCAGCUCUUUUAACCAACCUGGGAUCAUUCUAAGGAUUCCUAUACGCAGGCACAUUUCGAUUAAAGGAUAUUAUUUGCGUUGUUAAGAGGCAUAUUCAAUGAGCCCAGAAUAACGCCUCAAGUAUUUAUAGUUUGUUGGUUGAUCAUUCAAUCCUUCUAUAUACUCCGAUACCUAUAUUUCAAUAUGUUUGAUCCACUACCGGUAGCUCAGAUACAAGUCAGUGGCACUUCUUUUCCUUUGUUGGCAUCUCAUUUUAACUAUUCGGCAUUAUUUGGAGUCACGAAUUCAUCAUCGUCAGUGUUUUGGCAUAUGGGAUGGCUGAAUGGCAUAUCAGGAAGGACUGCAUUGGCAUGAAUUGAGAAAUACCAUUUGGGGACAAAUUCAAAACUUCCAAGUUAGCGAUGGAGUUUUGGGGGCGGGCUUAAUUCCCGCAUUUUUUUCUUGGCGAAGUUGUUUUUGGUUUGGUGGGAAGGAUUUGGUAUGGAUCUCAAGGAAUGAGAGAGAAUUCAAAGGUGUAGGGAGUAUUAUAAGUUUGUCUAUAUUUUUACUUCACUUCGAUUUGUGGCAUUUUUUUGCGCCAGCUGUCAAGCAUUUUUUAAUUCGGGAAUUUGGGAGGAAAGGAAUUCAAUAUGAGCUGGACUUUGAAUGAGAUUGUGGAUCUUGUUGAUAGGGAAGACUUGGAAUUUUUGAAGUGGAUGGAAUAUUUGAGGGGAUGUUUGUGGUGUGGAUAGGAUGAAAUGAAAUGGCAUAGAACCAUUCUGGUAUUCAUCGCACAUUUGUCUCCACGGUAGCAUGGAACGGUAUAUAGGAACUUCGGCAGCUUGAAUGAAUGAAUAUACAAAAGUUAUUGAGAAUUAA